GUACAUAGCUGUUGUCUGUAUAUACAAACUGCAGAUUUUUAUUUGAAUUUCUUGUUUGCAGUGGUAUCUAAAUUUUAUUCAUCAGCGUUUACUCGUUUAAACUUCCGCAACUGUUAAUAAUGUUCCUAAUUGGUGUGAAUGUAAAUAAUGAAGCUGGAGAUUAUACUUAGCGUUUUUACUCGUAAUUUUAGUAAGUGAACCAGCCGGAUUUCUAGUGAAAAUGCCUCCAGUAAAUUCAAAAGGGAAAAAGAACGGCACUGAAUACGGGAAUAUUAUAACAACCAAAUGUACAGUUUUGGAUUUUGAACAGUACAUACAAGAGAACAAAACACUAUUACUGAAUGAUCCAUUACGGGAUAUACUUUUGUAUCCAUCAGAUGAUGUUUCUAGUGUGGUUCUCCCUCGGAGAUGGAGAACAGUGACAACAGCCGUCCCUGAUGUGAAAACAUCUGCAACAUGCCCCCUUCUAACUAGACAAGCUCUCCUUAGCUAUGCAUCCAGUUGGAACCUUGUUCAUUACAAAUAUAGUAAUUACUCAGGCUCUUAUCAUAAUUUGCCACGGCCCUUUGACACAAAGUUGCCGAUUGAAAUUUAUGAUCUCGAUACUGAAAUAGAAAAUGAACAUGAAGCUCAAAACAAAGUGGAUGUUGGAACAAAAGAGGGAUACCUUUACAAAGGACCAGAGAUAGGCUCAGAAAGGAUGUUUAGCAAUCUUGCUUCAAAAUCUUUCAAGAAACGCUAUUGCUCAAUGGUUAAAGAGGCUGAUGGUACAUAUAUACUCGAAGUAUAUAAGGAUGAAAAGAAAACAGAUACAAAGCUCACAAUUGUCAUGGAUUUUUGUUCAGAAGUAGUUAGGAAUACAAAACGCGGUAGAUUUUGUUUUGAAUUGCGUAUGAGUGGGAACAAAGGAUACACAUUCGCAGCAGAAAAUGAGGAAGAAAUUAAGGAAUGGAUUAAUUGUUUCACUUCAGCGCUCAAGAAGAACCAAGAUCAGGGAAAUCAUCAAAAUGACGAGAUUUUAGAUAAAGAUGCGGACAUAUCCUUAACAGGCGAGCCCCCGCCUCCCAUAUACGGUACAUUGAAAGGCCUAGAACACAGUAUGAAUCCACUACUAAUGCGAUAUUCACGGGAAACUGACCUCUCAAUCGCGGCCGCGAGGAACGAAUGUCGCUCGAACAUAUUCAACUUGCCAUACAAGAGAUCGCCUUCACCCGAACCACAAUUGGAACCAUUCAAAGAACAUUUCGGUCAAAGAAUAUUAUUGAAGUGCGAAAGUCUGAAAUUCAGAUUACAAGCACCCAUAGAUGGUGACAAAGAGUUGUUGUGCCAAGUCGAACCUUAUUUUACUCACUUAGCAAUAUACGAUGCACGUAGCGGGAGGAAAGUGACGGAGAACUUUCAUUUUGAUCUCAAUCACGCGGCUGUUAGAGAUCUUAUAAAGGAGAAUGAGUGUACCAAGUCAUUGGUCGAGAAUUUUAAGUAUGAUGUAAAGGUGGAUGUUAAACAAAUACCGGAGGAGUGGUUUAAUUCAAAGAAACAGGUGCUGUUAUCAGUGAACAACCCACAUCCGGAUUUAUUUUUGGUUGUGAGGAUCGAUAAGAUUCUUCAAGGUCACGUAAGUCAAGUCCUGGAGCCAUAUCAAAAAGCCACAAAAGACCCUCGAUUAGGCCUCAAAGUCCACAAAAAUGUGCAGGCCUAUGCAAAUCGUGUUGGGAAUUAUAGGAUGCCGUUUGCGUGGGCGGCAAAACCUUUGUUCAGAUUAUAUAGUAACGAUUUGGAUACAACGCCAGAAUUCCCAGCCAUAUACCGACAGGAGCCAAAUAAAAUGUCUGACGAUGACUUACUGAAAAUUCUGCAAGACUUUAGAAAACCAGAAAAAUUGGCCAAAUUGAAUGCGAUACCUGGGUGGCUGUCCAUCAGUAUUCUCCCUUGUAAUGAACAAAUACCAAAUUGUAUGACGAGUUCCUAUGCUGCACUAAAGCCAUUUCCAUUGCCACCAACAUCGCCAUUAACGUUGGAGCUCUCUACGUACAAUUUUGAGCCUGAACAACCGUAUGCAGCAUACAUUCAUCACCUGUACGUCCGACCGUUAGCCCUGAAUUUUGAAUCUCAGAAAGUCUUCGUGCGAGCGAGAAAUAUUUCCUGCACAAUCGAAUUGAAGGACAGCGAUACGGGCGAUGUUAAAGCCUUGCAGAUAAUCCACGGACGUAUAGGUAUGACAGACCAGUACAAGUGUUCAGUAUUACAUCAUAAUGCAAACCCAAGCUGGUGCGAUGAGGCCAAGAUUCGACUCCCGACUACGUUAACCAACCAACAUCACCUGCUCUUUACAUUUCACCAUAUAUCCUGCGAUAUUGCUAAGAAAAAUGAUACCAAUGUGGAAACUUGUAUUGGUUAUGCCUGGGUGCCGUUGCUUAAAAACGACAAAUUUAUUGACGAAUUUGUGAACUUGCCAAUUGCAACACACUUGCCAUCUGGAUAUUUAUCUAUUCAACCAUUGGGACUCGGAAAAGGGAACACAGGGCCCGAAGUGGUAUGGGUUGAAGGUGAGAAGCAGCUCUUUCGUUGCCAACUUGUCCUCGACUCCACCGUUGAGACCAGAGACUCACAUUUACAUACUCUAUUCAGUUCUAUAGAGAGAUUGAUAAAUACAUCUCCCCCCUCUAGUCCCAUUUCACCUCAUGACGUCACAAAUGCUUUAAAAGCCGCACACGGGAUACAAUUAAGCUCUCUCGUAGCCUUCUUGCCGACUAUAUUAAAUCAACUGUUUGAACUUAUGACAAUUGAUAAGGGCUAUUCACACGAUAUGGGCUAUCAGAUUGUAAAGCUAAUGAUACAAUAUGUUCAUAUGAUUCACGAAUAUGGACGAAAAGAUUUACUGGAUAGUUAUAUAAAGUAUGUCUUUAACUGCGUGGAACUAAAGUUGCAUACAGUUUUAACUGCCCCAUUACACAUGUUUGUUGACCCAACGCAGCAAGACUUUCUUCUUGGACACAAAUUCAUGCAAUAUUCGAGCUUUUUCUUUGAUGCUAUUGUGAAGAGUAUGGUGCAGUAUUUGAUUAAUACUGGAAGGAUAAAGAUGUCUCGCCACGAACGUUUUCACUCGGAAUUGUUGGAGAACAUUGACAGACUGGUUAGUACCGUGGAGCCGUCAUACAUACUGCAACAACCGAUGCAAACACACAUAUUCAACAAGAAUUUGGCUUUGUUCCUUAAGUCAUGCCUCUCGCUCAUGGAUCGAGGUUUCGUGUUCCGUCAAAUCAAAAAGUACUUGGAGAAGUUCAAGACUUGCGAUCCAAAAGCGUUGUUCGAUUUCAAGUUCACAUUUUUGCAAACGAUUUGUUCGCACGAACACUACGUACCGUUCAACUUGCCUCUGCUCGCAAACAAAGUACCCAAGGAUUCUGAUGAAGAUCCCGCAAGACUGAAAUUAACUGAAGAUUUUAUAAUGAGACACUUCUUGGCUGGUAUUCUUAUUAAACAUGUAGAGCAAUCACUGCGCGAAGCCCCUCAAAAGCGUCGCGUAGCGUUGAACGUGUUACGUAAUUUACUAACGAAGCACGAACACGACGAUCGGUACAACACAAGGCAGGCGAGAGCGAGGCUCGCACAACUCUAUGCGCCUUGGCUUACCAUUGUACUCGAUAAUGCCCAUCGGUUGGUAACAAAAUCUCUAGCAAGUCCCAUAUUCGAAAAUGGUCACGAUAAAGUAGACGGAGAUGCGACCGUAUACCCCGUAAUAAAUACGCAAAAGGAAAUCACCUCGGCGAAUAGUACGCCACGAAGGAAUCGAUUGACCCUGCAUUUUGAUCAUACGCCGGUCCGGAAUUCGGGUCACUUUAAAGAUCCACCGAAUAUUACUAACAAUAUGUAUGGAAAAGAUAACGUAAAUAACAUAUCGCAUAGUUCACUAGAGUCAGUGUCGACAAUGUCAGGUGGGGACUCUCUACCAAGAAAUAGUCGACUGCAAUUGAGCGAAAUUGGCGAUCAGGUUAACAGAUUCGGUGUGAUGUCCGCUGAGGAGGUACGGGAUGUGCUUCUGUGUUUCUUGUUUGUGUUGAAAUAUUUGGAUGAAGAUAGACUCGUAGAAUGGUGGAGGACGUAUACGCCAGCUCAGCAACAAUCGUUCUUCAACGUUUUAGAAAUAUGUGCUGAGCAAUUUCAAUACGUGGGAAAAAAGAAAAUUUUGUCUGAAUUAAAAGUGUCCACACCCGAUUGUAAUGACAAGUCGAAACCGAUGAAGGCAAGGACGUUGCCGGCGAGAAUGAGCCCGCCUGAUUUCUCUAAGGAACCACCUAUAAUCGUUGAGAAAAAUAAUACAGUUAAUAGAGAGAAUUUGGUUAAUACAACGGUGCCUACCGAACUGGAAGCAAUGUCAGAAAUCGCAGUGGUAUCUGCCGGUUGCUUAGCAACCGAGGUGGGUCUCACUAUUAUAGACCGUGCUUGUCUCUAUAUGAAAAACCUGGGAGCUGCAGAAGGACAAUCCAUCAAACCAUAUUUGAAACUUCUACAAUUGCCUCAAAGCGAAACGCUUUAUAAACACCUCUUUGCUGGUUUGAGAGCAUAUAUCAAUCAGUUUUCGGAAACAUUGUUUGACGGUGGCAGCACACUUUGCGCGGGCAUAGUAAGUGCAGUAGUGAAGCUUUGUGAGGCAAGAGCGGCGUGGCUUCGUCGCGAGGCAGCCGCUGCCCUAUAUCUACUGAUGAGGGCUAACUUCCAACAUGCUACGGGUGGAAACCUUACUAGGGUUCACCUUCAGGUAAUUAUUGCGGUGUCUAAACUCCUAGACAACUCAACGGCAUUGAACUGCAAACGUUUUCAAGAAUCUCUCUCGGUCAUCAACUGUUUUGCAACAGGGGAUAAGGCUAUGAAAGGAACAGGUCUUUCAAGCGAGGUGGCUGAACUAAUGCGUCGCGUACGCACAGUUGUUGGCGCAAGAGCUAGACUUGCUGGUGCUGCGGGAGGGGGAACAGGCGCAGGCAGCAUUCAACUAUCCGAGCUCCAAUUCGCCCUCGCUGCCUCUUGUCGUGCCACGCCCCGUUUACGUCACGCAUGGCUUGCGACACUUGCUGAUUUACAUUCGAGGAAUGGCGAUCAUGAUGAGGCAAUGUGUUGUCAGCUCCACAUAGCAGCAUUAAUAGCAGAGUAUCUCAAACUACGCGGCGUACAAUGUUGGGGUGCUGAAACAUUCGAAGAUAUAUCUAAGAACAUUCCCACCGAUGAAACGGGACUCAAGAUUGAUGAAGGCAUGACAGACAUUCAUUACAACGAGCAAGCUCUGCUUGAUCAGCUCUUGCUGUGCACAGAAUACGUAGAUAGAGCAGAGAGAUACGAACUCCUUGGUCCCAUUUAUCGCCUUAUUAUACCAAUCUACGAAAGGAGAAAGGAUUAUCAGGCACUCCUUACCAGUUACCAACAUUUGACCAAGGCGUACGCAAAGGUCAUUGAAGUCACAAAUUCUGGGAAGCGAUUGCUCGGAAGAUUUUAUCGGGUGGCGUUCUUCGGAAAGGCGCAUUUCGGCGAGGAUGAAGAAGGCAUCGAGUUUAUUUAUAAGGAACCUAAACUGACGUCAUUGAGCGAGAUAUCGGAAAGACUUCAACAGUUUUAUGAACAGAAAUUGGGUUCGGGCUGCGUUAAAAUGAUUAUGGAUUCGGCACCGGUAAAUCGUGAUGAAUUAGACUCCAAACUAGCGUAUAUCCAAGUGACCUGGGUCCGGGCAGCGCCCGAAGGUAUGCUGGCCUGCUCAUCGAGUGCUGAGGGCUCCUUCGAAAGAGCUCAUAAUAUCAGACGAUUCGUUUUUGAAACACCAUUUACGAGAGAUGGCGCUGCAAGAGGACCUGUACAUCAUCAAAGAUUGAGGCUUACACAUCUUACAGCCGAAAACUGGUUUCCAUACGUCAAAAGGCGUAUACCGGUGAGCGAAUGUCAAGUUGAGGAGAAGAGUCCAAUAGAGGUCGCAGUCGCUGAAAUGGAGAGUCAGGUCAAUGAACUGAAUGAGAUCGUCCACGCUAAGACACCUGAUUUGAAGAAGUUGCAACUCAGACUUCAAGGCAGCGUGUGCGUCCAAGUAAAUGCGGGUCCGAUCGCGUACGCGAACGCGUUUCUCGAUCCAACGCUCGCGCCCAUGUAUCCUGAUGACUUGGUGGACAAACUCAAGGCUACUUUCAAAGAGUUCCUAACAGUAUGUCACUCGGCCUUGCAACUUAACGCUAAACUGAUCAGUUCCGACCAACACUCAUACCACGAGGCACUUGAAGCGAAUUAUCUUAAACUCAGCGAUUCCCUUUCUUCACUCCUAGGACAACCCUUACACGACAUACUGGUCAACGGUAAUCUUAGUACCACAGUUACUGGGGUGGAACUUGAUUGUAGUAAUGCUUAGUAAUGCGUUUCUAAAGUAAUAAAAUGUUUCCGUAUCACGAUAAUUCUAUAAGUCGUUCAGCAUUGCUCUAUAGUUUGUAAUGGGAGAAAUAACACGAAUUUGUCAUUGCUAGACUUAGCAAUAGCUAACCUGAAAUAAUUCUUAACAUCAGAAGUUUCUGUAGUUCUGCUGCAACAUAAAAGGUCAUCCUAUAAUGCAAGCCCUUCAUAAAAUCUUGCAAGUACUAAAAUUGAGAGAGAACUAUUACUUAUCGUGUAAUUACUCUGAAAUAAUAAUAUAAUCCUUAUUUGUCACUGCAACCUACAAUACAUGUAUCCUACGCGUUUAAGUUUUAAGAGGGUACUUCGACAGGUACCUUCCAUUAACGCCAAAUAAUUUGUAGAACUGACAGAUUCAGUCGCGCUUAUUUCGACUAGAACGGUCAAAGAUGUAGUGUGGACUCAGUUUCCGCCCAUUUGGACGUUGUCUAAAGUCUUAUAAAGCCAGCUUAGCUCCUUCCAGGCGGUCAAAAUUUGCCAGUGGUUUGGGCUGGCC